AUGUACCAGCCACUCGCUGUGUACCAGCCAUCCACUGUGUACCACACUACCACUGUGUACCACACAUCCACUGUGUACCAGACAUCCCCUGUGUACCACACAUUCACUGUGUACCACACAUUCACUGUGUACCACACAUCCACUGUGUACCAGACAUCCCCUGUGUACCAGACAUCCCCUGUGUACCACACAUUCACUGUGUACCACACAUCCCCUGUGUACCAGACAUCCCCUGUGUACCAGACAUCCCCUGUGUACCACACAUCCACUGUGUACCACACAUCCAUUGUGUACCAGACAUCCCCUGUGUACCACACAUCCACUGUGUACCACACAUCCACUGUGCACCACACAUCCACUGUGUACCAGACAUCCACUGUGUACCACACAUCCCCUGUGUACCACACAUCCACUGUGUACCACACAUCCCCUGACAUCCCCUGUGUACCACACACCCCCUGGUACCACACAUCCACUGUGUACCAGACAUCCACUGUGUACCACACAUCCACUGUGUACCAUUCACUGUGUACCACACACCCCCAGUACCACACAUCCACUGUGCACCACACAUCCACUGUGUACCACACAUCCACUGUGUACCACACAUCCACUGUGUACCACACUACCACUGUGUACCAGACAUCCACUGUGUACCACACAUCCACUGUGUACCACACAUUCACUGUGUACCACACAUCCCCUGUGUACCAGACAUCCCCUGUGUACCACACAUCCACUGUGUACCACACAUCCACUGUGUACCAGACAUCCCCUGUGUACCACACAUCCACUGUGUACCACACAUCCACUGUGCACCACACAUCCACUGUGUAUCACACAUCCACUGUGUACCACACUACCACUGUGUACCAGACAUCCACUGUGUACCACACAUCCCCUGUGUACCACACAUCCACUGUGUACCACACAUCCCCUGACAUCCCCUGGUACCACACAUCCACUGUGUACCACACUACCACUGUGUACCAGACAUCCACUGUGUACCACACAUCCCCUAUGUACCACACAUCCACUGUGUACCACACAUCCCCGGUACCAGACAUCUGCUGUGUGCAGGACAUCUGCUGUGUGCUGGACAUCACUACAUAA